AUGUGUGAUGAUGUCUACUACUCGCCGGUAGCGGGUAGUUCCCAUCGUCUUCCGGCCGAUGCCAUCCCGUCUCAAGAGCUUCAAAUUGAACCUAAAAAUGCUGAGGAAUGGGUGGAAAUUGUCGAGCCACAGACGAAGCAACACAUGUACGCCAAUUUGACGACUGGCAAAUGCGCGUGGGAUCCACCGAUUGGGACUAGGGUCAAGCGCACGCAUGAAAAUCAGUGGUGGGAGCUUUUUGACUCGAAUACGAACCGCUUCUACUACUACAAUGCUGCGUCUUCCAAGACAAUGUGGGCCCGCCCGACAGGUGCAAAUGCGGAUAUCAUCCCGUUGGCAAAGCUUCAGACCCUGAAAGAAAACACCGAUCAAGCUGAACAUGCACGGGCUCGACGCCAUUGUGAGACGCAGACUUCACCGGCGGUCAGAAGAGCCAGAGAGAAACGGGAGCGGGAGAUUAUGGAAUGGACUGGCGGUGUCUUCUCGCAACAACCCACGCUAGUUAUGGGUCGAAGCCCUAGCUACAGCCAUCGGGAAUUGGACACUUCAUUUGACAUGCUCUCACUCGAUGACAUGUCAGAGCGGUCUCUGACGUCUUCACAGGUCAUCCGUAAUCUUCCCCCAUUCCCGACUGGCCCCGGCCGGCUUUCAACGGCUCCUUCUGCCGACAGCAUUCCGACGCGUUCGAGCAGGUCAAGCUCCCCUCCGAGCCAACAGAAAAGAUCGGCGUUCACGUUCUCGACCAACACGGCCCCAAAAACCAAGUCUGGCGGCUGGUCAAAAGAUGCACCGAAGGCACCGCUGACUGCACCUGACAAUAAGGCUUUGAAAAAGGAAGUGGCUCAAAUCUUCAAAGCAAUUCAAUCCUACAUGGGCGAUCGCAAGAGCAAGUCGACACCAGAUCAGUUGGCUCUCUCCCUUUGCGAGUUGACAUUCGGACGGAAAGAUUGCGCUGACGAAGCUGUCGCCUUGCUGAUGCAGCAAUUGACCGACAAUAUUCGACCGGAUAGCUUGAGGCGAGGCUGGGAAUUGCUUGCUAUCUUGCUGGCAUUGGUGUCUCCCUCCCCCGAUAUGGCGGAAAAGGUGGCCGUAUUUCUGGAAAGGAACUCGGACAGUCUCCUGGAUUCGCCGGAGGUUGCUGUUUCCAAUUUCGCGCACCAAUGUCACAAGCGGCUCGAGAAAAGCCAACCGAAGACGAAGCCGACCUUAGCCACCGUCCAGGUA